CACAUCUGGGCUCUGGGAAUGAAGUUCGCCAUCGAAGAAAUCAACAACUCCACAACGCUGCUGCCGGGGAUCCUGCUGGGCUAUGACAUUUAUGACAACUGCAUGGAACCGAGGUUCACUCUCCAGCCCAGCCUGUUGUUUCUUUCCAAAGCUGGGACUACCAGCCUCGGGGUCCUGUGUGACUACGCAGGCUACCAAACACGUGUGACGGCUGUCAUAGGGCCUCACAGCUCAGAGCUCUGCAUGGUGACAGCCAGGCUGUUUAGCCUCUUUCUGAUCCCACAGGUCAGCUAUGGCGCCACCACCGAAAGCCUGAACAACGAGGGGCUCUACCCCUCUUUCUUCCGGUCAGUGCCCAGUGACAAAGGUCAGCUGGAAGCUAUGAUGCAGCUCCUGGGGGUCUUCCAGUGGAAUUGGAUCUCCGCGGUGGCCAGUGAUGAUGGAUAUGGCCGUGAGGGCCUCAGCCUCUUAUCCUCCCUGGCGGAGAACAGAAGCAUCUGCGUUGCCUACAAGGGGCUGAUUCCCUCGGAAAUCCUGGAGCCCAGCUGUCCACGGUUGAAGCAGGCAAUCCAGGCAAUCGACGAAACUAACGUCAACGUUGUCGUCUUGUUUUCCAGUGAGCAGGCGGCCCGAGCCCUCUUUCGAAUGUGGGUCAGGUUGGGCUUGGGCAAGAAGGUGUGGAUAGCCACCCAGACCUGGGUAGUGUCUGAUGCGGUCACCACCCUGCACCGCAUCCACUCCAUUGGGACCGUCAUUGGCUUCGUCAUCAAGGGAGGGGAGGUCCCUGGCUUCCAAGCGUAUGUCCACAACCUCUUAGACCUGACCCAGGAGGACAGCUUCUGCCAGGCAUCUCAGGCCCAAGCGGAAGCGAUGAGCGCCAACAUUCAGGGGCCACCGUGUGAGCAGUGCGGCCACGUUUCGUAUCAAAAUAUCACAGCGGUGCUGGAUCACCACCAAACGUUUGCUGUCUAUCUGGCUGUGCACAGCGUAGCGCACGCGCUCCACAGACUGUUGCGUUGCCAGAGCGGGCACUGUACAAAAGCUUCCUGUUUUUCUCGGCAGCUGGUUCACGAGCUGAGGAAGGUGAAUUUCAGCAUCGGCAACCAGGCGUUCCGUUUCAGCCAGGACCGCAGCACCCACUUGGGCUACGAAGUCAUCUGGUGGAGCUGGCGAGACAGUAGGAUUGAGCCCGUCAGCGUGGGACAUUUCAACCAGACCUUGCACAUCAACAGGUCCCUGGUUCGGUUUCACACCGCAGAUCAAAAGGCACCCCCGUCGGAGUGCCUCACUACAUGUCCACCCGGGCAGGUCCGUCAGAUGAAGGGCUUCCAUCUCUGCUGCUUCAACUGCGUUGACUGUGAGAAGGGCACGUUCUCCAGCUCCACAGGUGACUCCGCCUGUAGACCCUGCCCUGAGCCCCAGUGGUCUCCCCAGCGCAGCAGCCGGUGCUACAGCCGCAGCGAGAGAUACCUCUUCUGGUCCGAACCCUUGGUGGUCACCUUGCUGAGCCUGCUGACUCUCGUCUUCGCUCUCACCUGCCUGGCAGGGACGCUCUUCCUGAGAUACCUCCAGACCCCUGCGGUGCAGGCCGCAGGGGGAACCAUGUGUCUCCUGGCUCUCUUCGGCCUCGCUUUGAUGGGACUCGGCUCCGUCCUCUACGUUGGGAAGCCCAAUGCAACCACUUGUCUCCUGCAGCAACCCGUUUGUGCCCUCUGCCUCAAUGCUUGCUUCUCCACCAUCCUUGUCAAAGCCUUCCAGAUCACGUUGGCCAAUGACUUUGGAGACAGCCGCCCACACGCCCUGCACUUUCUGGCACGGAGACGGCCGUGGGCCGUUGUGGCCUGGUGCUUCCUGGUCGAAGUCUUGCUCUGCGCUGGGUACCUCUAUGCUUCCCCGCCCCUCCUGGUUAAAAACUACAAAUUCUUCUCCUCCCAAGUUCUCCUCCAGUGCAAAAUCCAGUCCUGGGUUGCUUUUGCCAUAAUCCACGGCCACAACAGCUUCCUAACAUUUAUCUCUUUCCUCUGCACCUUCAUGGUGCCAGCUUCCCCCAGGCAUUACAACCUUGCAAGAAGCAUCACCUUUGCCGCCAUCACCCACUUCGUCACCCUGGUGGUCUUCAUCCCCACCUAUGCUUCCGUGAAGCAAGACAUCCAGCCAGCUGUGCAGAUGGGCGCCAUGCUGCUCUGCAUAUUAGGCUUGCUGGCCACUUACUACCUCCCCAAAUGUUAUAUUUUCUACUUUAAGCCGGAGCAGAACAGGCUAGACUAUUUUCAGGAUUAUACCAAAGAGAGGCAGCAAGAGAAAAAUUCUCAAGAUUAGCUACGGGGAUGUUCUCUGAGAGAGAAAAACUGUUUCUAUUAAGAAUAUGAAGUCUAAAA